CACUGAGAGACAGAACUAGCCCGGCUGAGUCAGCUGCUGACCACCUCAGGGAAGGAAGUUCUCUCUACACAGAUCUCUCUGGAGCAACCUGAAGACAGGAGCGUGGCUCAAGGAGACAGCCAUGAAUGCAGCGAAGUCCACCUGUGAUGAGCCUCUGCCCGGAGGUGAAAGGAGGCGAGAUCUCCAAGAGAUGCUGAGAGAAGUGGGACUGGAUGUUGAGUCCUGGUUACCCAAGCUGCAGGAGCACCUGGGAGUGACGUGUGCUCAGGCCUUGCAACACCUACAAGAAAAUGACCUCCAGAAGCUGAAAUCCCACGCACAACAUUCAUGGGAGAUAAGGGCCCUAGAGAAGCUGCUUACCCAGGCACGCUCACAUAGCCUUUCAGAGUUACAGGAGUCUCAGAAGGUGAUGAUGAACAAAAAGCAGAAUCAGGCAGAACAGGCACUGCAGCAACUGAAAUCCUUGCUGUCAGAAGGGAGGCAGCGACAGGAAGAAGCUGUGAGGAUGAAAGAAGCAGAGCUGAGGCAAGCGUUGGGGAUUCCUGAAGAAUAUUGGCCACCUCCUCAAAAACCUCUAAGGGAAGUCAUAGAAAACAUGCAGAGACAACUAGGCCUAGUACAAGGGACACUGUCCCACAGGCAAAACCUCUCAGACAGAGAACUACCGAGAUGGGCAUCUGGAGGGCUGGCCCUGCAGGGAAUUUUCAAAGUUAACCACCAAUGGGGCCUGAUAGAGAAGAGAGAGCAGCUACUCAGUGUCCCCGAGGACUUCUCACUUUCUGGCCCUCAGCAAGGCCCACGGAUGGAAACAAAGGAAUUUACCUCUUCCCAAGCAGAAUCCAUAUUCACUCAGAGUAUGGAAAAGCUGGGAUUCAGUGCUACUACCUUAGCCAAGGGUGGAGGUUGGGGAUUUAGUCUAGAAGCAGGAACAGAUUACAGCAAACACUCAGAAUGCAAGGAAACCCAACAGUCACGAUCUGAGCACUCAUAUUUUUGCUCAACCAAGUUUAACUACGUCCCCCUGGCCUCCUUUUACUUUUCCGUUAGUCAACUCCAGUUCUCCAAGACUGCUCUCCAGAAACUGAAAUGCAUGGAUGACCUACUGGAUCCAAGUGCAGGUCCAGACAGAUUCUCCUCAUUGAGGAGAAGGAGUGAAGACUUUUUCCACAGGUUUGGCACUCACGCUAACCAAGGCCCUCUGCAUUUGGGAGGAAUCUACUGGUGGAAGGCUGUUUCAGAGGGUUUCCAACGUGAACAACUGGCAGAAGUGAAAGAGCAGUCAGCAGAGAUCCUGGACAGUUACAUAAGGGGCAGCUAUUGUGGCUUUCCGGUGAAUGUUGCUGCAGGUAUGAAUAUUUCAGGAUCUCACUCAAAAACAGCCUCUCAGAUGGACUCAUGCCCAAAUCUGCAAACCAAAGUCCAGUUAACUGUGGCCCAGACAGGUGGCCCACCAGAAGCAGGUAGUCUUGUAGAGUGGAAAGCUGGCCUUCUUGCUAGCAAUCAAACCUGGUGUGUCAUUGACCGGGGACUUCAGCUGGUGCCCAUCUGGGAUAUCAUCCUCUCCAGGCAUGAAACUGAUUUUAAGAAUCCUCAUCAGCUGGCUGACUGCCUAAGAGAGAGCUACACAGUUCUGAAUAGUCUCAGUGCGCACAUCCAGGAUGGAGAGGAAUUCCUGAGCACUAAGAAAGACAUUAGGCUUUUCCUAGAGGAUGUGAAACACUGGAAAAUAUCUGAUCCUGAAGAACAGCUUAGAAAACUCAUCAAUUUCAUGCAAAUGUUAAGUCAAAAAAUGAAAUCUUAUGACAUUUGGAUUAACAUAUGCCUCACAGAUAGGGAUCUGCAGAAUUUUCUAGUAAACACUGUCAAUUCCUGCAAGAAAUCUUUAGAUUAUAAUACUACAUUUAUUAAAGCUCAGUUGCGCAGCCUCCUGGAUCCACACAUCUACAGUGUGACAAACUUUCCUGAGGUUCACCCCAUCAUGCAGUGGAUCUGCCAGUCAGAGUCAGAACAAGAACAAAUUAAAAUCUCCCAAAUUUCUGAAUUAAUGAAAAUCUUAAAAGAGACCCAGAAUGACCUCAUGGACGUAAAAGUCAAAUCUGAGUCCCCAGAAAAUGUGGAGGAAGUUCAACGAAAAGCCACUUGUGAUGUCAGCUUGGCUCUCAGCAGCUUCUUGAAUUAUCUCCAAGAAACAGACCCGCCAGAUACCCAGCUCUUGCUACUUUGCAUUGCAGCUGGUGCAGGAUAUCAUGUGCCAAACAAGACAUUUCAGCAUCUCCUAGGGUGUGAUGAGUUAAACUUUCUACUGCGUGAAAUUCAAACUGCCCAGGAUAAAUACCAGGAGCUCAAAAAAUUUAGCAGUGCCAGGGCUCAGGCAUUCCUUGUACUCACAGGUCUGACUGCCACUGCUGGAGUCAGAGCUGUUUCUUCAGAAAAGAAAAUGCAGCGCUUGUCAUUAAUGAGACAACACAUGGGACCCUCCUUGUGUAAAGAAGUAGCACAAGUCCUCAGCAAACGUGGAGCACAUCAUGAUUGGAAAAGCCUAGAGAAAGACUUGAGAUUGAUCAUUGAUGGGAAUUAUGAAACCACUGUUUCUUCUUUGCAAAUGGAUGAGAAGAUAAUGCAAUUGCAAAGCUCAUUAGAUUGUAAAAAGCAGCCCCAUGAACUAGAAGGUAAUGAAAGUAACAAAAAGGAGGUGAUUGAAAAUCAAGCAUUCCGAAGUUUACUUCAGCGUCUAGGCCUAGAAAACUACUACCCAAAAAGGAUGAGCAGAGCUGACUUCCAUCUGAUCUAUAAGACUUCUGUGUACAAUACCCAUCCCAGCUCUGAACAGAAACUUCCCUUCUAUUUCCUGGAAAAACUACUGAUGCUAGAUUAUGGGCUAAGAUACCUGGUCUCCAAAGAUAAUGGAAACACAGAACACCAAGUCUAUACAACUCCCUCAAAUCAGGAAAAGGAGGUUUGGGAUCCGUAUGAAGACUUUUUUGCAGAUAAUGACAUUCCCACUAAACUUUUGACCACUGAGACCAGGCCCCACAUUCACCCAAUGGAUAUCCAAAUGGCAAUUUUUCACUGUGCAGAUGAUUUUGCCAGACAAUAUAUUAUGACCAAACUUAGCAUUUGUCAGUUUGCUCUUCCCCUUGUGGUGCCUAAUCCAUGCACUUCUCACAUUGAGUUCUCUCUCUGGCCUUUCCGGCAAAUUAGGAAAAGUUGGCAGCAAGAAAGUAAAACAGCAAAAGGAAAAACCAGUUACAAGAAUCAGCAGAUGUGUCAUGUCUCUGCCCCCAUCGUGUCAUUCAUUAGAGUUGGGAAUGGCCUCUCAACUUCCAAAUCUCAGAUCAUGAACUGGCUUCUCAUUAAACGUAAACACGAUGUGUUUUUUCACCGGCACUGUAUAGGAAGUAGCAAAGACUGUCUCCUGAUAGGGGGUGUUAUAGAGAUCUGCUGGUUCUGUCCUGGAGGAGAAGAUGAGGACAGAUUUAACAACUGUGUGACCUUUACCAAUCUUCAUGGAGAUGCAAAGGAACAUCAGCAACAGCUCACCUUCCUGCAGGAGGUCUCUUCUCUCAUUGUGGUCCUCAUGUCAGCUUCUGAUGAAAAUAAAGAAAACAGAAAAAUUUGCCAUGACCUGUUCCAGUCACCAAGACCUUUGAUCUGCUUGCUUGAUGACAGAGAAAAAACCAUGACUAGUAAUUCUGGCCAAAGAGUAAAAAUUGGCAUCAGGAAUAGAAAUGAGGCAGAGUUUACACUGGAGCUCACAACUACAAUCAGACGUUUGCUAGAGCUCUCAGAUACUGCACUGAGCUUGGAGGAUUGUGCCCUGAUUGCUCACAAGCAUGGGUUCCUUAUUGACGAAAACCAAGAAGAUUGCAAGGAAGCCAAAGAAAAGGCACAGACAUUAAAAAAAAAAAUACUACCCCUUCAGGGACAACUGUGGCACAUUUGGUGUAAAAACGACAAAGAACUUUAUCAUCUAAGGGAAAAGGGAAAUCGAAGCAUUGAAGAACACAAGAGCGAGAUUGAGACAACAAAACAAAGAAUUCGUCAUAAACAAUUGACCAAAGCCAAACCUCCUAAUGAUUUGAUGCGAUCUGUCAUUGAAAUUCUAUUAUAUUCAAAAACACACAACAAAUUCUACUUCAUACAAUGGUUGAGUAUGUUUAUGAACAACCUGACUGCAGAACACUUGGAAACACUGCGUGAAAAGCAAAGAGCUGUGUGGUCACAGAUACAGAUGGAAAAGAAAAAGGCAUCAAAGAGCAACUCCAUGCAAUCCUUGCAAAAUGACAUAGAAGUCAUCUCCACAAAGAUUAGCAAGUGUACUUUGGGAAUUGAUCAACUUCUCCGAGAAAUUGGCCAGAUCUAUGAAGCUCUGGAAGAGGCAUCCUCCAUAAAUGAUUCCCUAUUUCUCUCCCUUCCCCAAAUUGCUGCAGACCUGAUGAUAUCUGGGGCACCCAUUGAGCUGAUGGAUGGGGAUGUGUCAUAUGUGCCUCUAAAGUGGGUGGCAGCUGUUUUUGACAAGGUCUCUGAGAAACUUGGAGACAAACGGCUAUUUGUCCUCUCAGUUGUUGGCCUGCAGAGUUCAGGGAAGUCCACCCUGCUGAAUGCACUGUUUGGGCUGCAGUUCACUGUCAGUGCAGGCAGGUGCACGCGGGGGGCCUACAUGCAGCUCCUGAAGGUGGAGGAGACCUUCACAGAGGAACUGGGCUUUGACUUUGUGCUUGUUGUGGACACGGAAGGACUUCGGGCCCCAGAACUCAACAAUAAAUCCCAGAAUUGGGACAAUGAGUUGGCUACCUUUGUCAUUGGACUUGGAAACCUGACUCUCAUCAAUAUUUUUGGAGAGAACCCAUCAGAGAUGCAGGAUAUCCUACAAAUAGUUGUUCAAGCUUUUCUGAGGAUGAAGCAAGUGAAAAUAUCCCCAAGUUGCCUCUUUGUCCAUCAGAACGUGGGAGAAGUUACAGCUAAAGACCAAAUUAUGGAAGGACGAAGAAGACUAGAACAGAGGCUAGAUGAAAUGGCAGCCAUAGCUGCAGAACAAGAACAGUGCUCAGAUGUAACUCGCUUCAGUGAUGUCAUUAAGUUUGAUGUCAGUACCCACGUCUACUACUUCGCUCACCUCUGGGAUGGCAAUCCCCCAAUGGCCCCUCCCAAUCCUCGCUACAGCCACAAUGUCCAGGAACUAAAAGACAGAAUUUUUAUGACUGCCAAACGAGAAUCCAGGAGAAGUCUCAUGAAGAUAUCAGAUGUAAAAUUCAGAGUUCAAGAUUUGUGGAGGGCCCUGGUGAGUGAGAACUUUAUUUUCAGUUUCAGGAACACCCGAGAGGUCAUGGCCAUGAGUAAACUGGAAACCAAGUAUAAUGAAUGGACCUGGGAGCUGAGGAGUCAUGUCCUGAACUUGUACACGAAGAUAAGCAAUCAGAUUCAGAAUGGACAAAUAGUGGCACUUGAAAGAAGCACACUUGAGGCUCCUGUUACAGAAAAAUAUGAAACCAUUAAGCAAGAACUUGAAACUUAUUUUAAUGAAGACCCAGACAAUGAAAUACUAAUUCAAUGGAAAGCAAAUUUUGAAAAUAAACUAAGAAACCUGAAGGAGGGACUAAUUUCAGAUAGCAGAAGAAAAGCCAAUGAACUCAUUAGUCUGAGACAAAAUAAAAAAAGACUGGAUAAGAAAAAAACAGAUUAUGAAAAGGAUAUAUUGGAAAGAAGCCGAAAGCUGGCUUUAACUGUGAAGGAUAAAGAAAUGAGUGAGGAAGAGUUACAUGAGAAAUUCAACCCACUUUGGACAAAAUGGGUCUCUGAAGUUUCUUCAAAUCUCUCUCCGGUUGAAGAGCCAAACAUUGAUAUGGAUUCUGAAAACAUCCUGUGGGAAUACUUCCAACAAGAGAAAAACAUAGUAGACAAACUUCGUAGUAAUUAUGGACAGAAGUUUGAAAUGGAUUAUGACAAACAUGUCAGAAUGAAUAAGAAAUACCUAGUUUUUGAAAGGCAUUUAGAGGCCCGAGAUAGAGAGUCCAUUGACAGGACGACUGAGUGCAUCACAACAAGAGUUAAUGAAACUAUUAACAACAUUCCGAGGCAACAGCGUGAUUACAGCCCAAGUGAUUUCCAUGAGAUUCUGAGAAUAGUUGAUGAGGAAAUGAAAUCUGCCUCCACUGAGGUGAGAUACACAUUGACACGCCAAUACAAGAUUGACUUAUCUUUGUGUUUAUUCAAAAAAGCAGCAGAGAAGUUUAAGGGAAUACACAGGGCAUUCAAGAGAGCAAAUGAUCCUGUACACUAUCUAGAAAGCAAGAAAGAUGAUUUCUUCAUGAGUUUUAAGAUCUCCUGCCAAGGAGCAACCUCCAUCAAAACAUUUGUUGAUUUUCUGUGGCACAAGCUCACUCCUGCUGUUUCUGCCACCAUAUCAGGAAAAUUAAUACUAAACUGUGCUGGAUACGUAAGAGCUAACUGCCCUGCAUUAAAUGGAAACAGGUCUGAUCUUGAGAAACAUAUUCUCAUCUCUUUGGCUGAGGAAGAAAACUUUGAUAGUUAUUGGCAAUACCUUCAUAACCCAGAAUUGUUUUUUAGGAGUUACAUUAAAAAACAAAUUAUUAAAUAUUAUUCAGACAAAGGAGCAGAAAAUAUCAAGACUUUCUUAAAAAUAAGUGUAGAAGAUAUCAAGAAUACCAUCCUCUCUGCCAUUCGUGACUCCACAAGAGUAGCUAAAGAUAAAAGCAGCACCGCAUCUGAGUGGCUGGAUUUCUUCUGUGAUCAUCUGGGAAGCAACUUUGUCUUUCCCCGAGAAGAACUAAUAAACAUUGAACACCAGGAGAUAAAAGAUAAUGACUUUCUCAAAGAAACCAUGAGUGCAGCGUUGGAUUCUGUAAUGAAGACGGUAGAACAGGAUUUUUUAAAAGAAGUAAUGGUUGUAGAAGCAAUGGCUUCUGAAAUUGAGAAAAUGCUCUCUGAACAGCUCUGUGGUUGCUGGAAACAAUGUCCCUUCUGUGGAGCAAUUUGUACAAACACAAUUCCUACACACGACGGAGACCACAGUGUUCCCUUCCACCGUUCUAAGGCUGUCUAUGGAUGGAAAUGGUACAAAACAGACAAAUUUUCUGUUGAUUUCUGCACUAGUUCGGUAGCAAGUGAUAAUUAUUUUCGUUUGAGUGAUGACCGGAGGAUUCCAUAUAAGACAUAUCGGCAAGCAGGAGGGGAUUACGCCACAUGGAGCAUCACCCCAGAUUCCUCUCUGCAGCCAUAUUGGAAGUGGUUUGUCUGCCACUUCAGAUCAAAGCUAGAAGAGAAAUACGAGAAAAAAUUCACUGGUCUAGGUAAAAUCCCUGACUCAUGGACCAAGAUUACAAAGGAGGACGUUCUUAAUGACUUGAAAAGACAGUAAUAUUAUACUAUUCAAUGACCACAAAA